CAACGGCACCAGCCACAAGAGACUGUGUCUAUGGCGUCAGUGGUGUUUGUGAGUAAAUGAGUGUUUUUAAGUGUGUGACUUAAGUGUUACAAAGAUUGAGCGGAGAUUGUGGUAGAAGGAGUUGUCGGGUGGCAGAGAUGCAGUCACAUGGUAGUUCUAAGGUUGUUGCUGUUUAGGAUUUAUCUUGCCCUUCUCUUUGUAUCAUCACUGAAGUGUUAAAUACGGCUGAAGAGACGUGGACUACUGUUGUUUGGGUAUUUUCUCGAAUGCAGCGACUCUACUCCGCUCUCUUUGUGUUGACUGACUGGAGCCCCUAUCUGUGCCUGCGGAGGCUAAGUGACAUAAAGACAUACUGUUCAGCACGUCUUUGAAAGGGACAAUUGUGGCAGAGAGGGAUGGAUCGCGUCUGAGCGACGACGCCGAGGCGGCUUGUGUUCUCGUGCGUCUCGGUUCGUUUCAUCACGCUGAGUCCUCCGCAGUAACCGUCACACUGCCGCUUUCCUUUGUGAUUGUCGGUGCUCACGUGAAUCUCACCUACUGCUUGACUGGAGCGGCAGAGAGGAAAGGUUUGCCGGAUGCCCUUGAUCCGUACAAACUCGCCUUUCUCCGGCUGAGAACUACAUCCACGCAGGUUCAUCUCCUCUCCUUCUCAUCCCCUCCUUCGCCGCAGUCAUUGGCUGCCUCCCCUCCGUCUGUCCGUCCUCCCCGCACACAGACAGCCACUCAGCGCUUCGCCUCGGCUUCUCCGACAUUUGUCAUUGGCUGGCUCGCGCUGCGAAUGCAGAUACGUUCCUUUAAGAGGCAGUCUAGACUCGGCUGCCUGCUCUCCUCUCUCUCCUGCAACACCACCACAACCUGCUGAUUUCCCACUAAGCCUAUUUCGCUCCUUCCCUUCACUUCUCCUCUCCUCCUGUCAUCCAGUUACUCUCUUGCCCUCUCUCCUCAUAAUUUCAUUUCCCAUCAAUCACGAGCUCAGCCCCGCCGGCCCAUUUAUUUAUUUAUUUAUUUAUUUUAUUUAUUUUUUCCUCAGCGUGCCAUUUCCUUCUGCCCGUGUUUCUCCCCAACACUGUCAUUUUGUCUUUGACAUUCAUUCAUCUCCACCACUUUCCCACCUUCCACUGAUGUGAGGGGACUUGAAGGUGAAAGAACGUGCAGACAGGCUGUCUCACACUAAGCUAUGGAAUGCUCUCUGCUCCCACCAUCUCUAGUCUCCAAUCUUUGGACUGAGCUCCAAACGCUGAGUUAGCGGCUGUGCUUCUCCCCUCGAACUUUUCACAAACCAGGGGACGAAGAAAAGGAGUGGACUUACCAAGUCCUCCACUUAAAGAGCACUAAGCACUUCUUCUUUUUUCUUUUUUUGAAUAUUUAAGAUAGAUUUUUUUAUUAUUUUUUUCUCCGCUUGGAUUUUGUUUCUGGUGAAAACACUUCAAGAUGGAUCUGUCGCCGUACCUGUGGAUGGUGAUUAUUGGCUUCAUCAUUGCCUUCAUCCUGGCGUUUUCGGUCGGAGCCAACGACGUGGCCAAUUCGUUCGGCACGGCAGUGGGGUCCGGCGUGGUCACCCUGAAGCAGGCCUGCAUCCUGGCGUCCAUCUUUGAGACGCUGGGCUCGAUGCUGCUCGGGGCCAAAGUCGGGGAGACGAUUCGGAAGGGGAUCAUAGACGUCAACCUCUACAACGAAACGGUGCCCGUGCUCAUGGCGGGAGAGGUCAGCGCCAUGGUUGGGUCGGCAGUCUGGCAGCUAAUCGCCUCCUUUCUCAAACUGCCCAUCUCUGGGACUCACUGCAUUGUUGGCGCCACCAUCGGCUUCUCCAUGGUGGCCAUCGGAACAAAGGGCGUACAGUGGAUGCAGCUCAUCAAGAUCGUGGCAUCAUGGUUCAUCUCCCCCUUGCUUUCUGGACUCAUGUCUGGACUCCUCUUCAUGCUCAUCAGACACUUCAUCCUCAACAAGGAGGAUUCUGUCCCGAAUGGCCUGCGAGCACUGCCCCUCUUCUACGCCACCACCAUCGGGAUCAACACUUUCUCCAUCAUGUACACUGGAGCCCCAUUGCUCGGGCUGGAGAUGCUACCUGUGUGGGCCAUCUUUCUCAUCACUUUAGCCGGGUCGGUGGUCUGCGCAGUGGUGGUCUGGGUGUUCGUCUGUCCUUGGAUGAGGAGAAAAAUAGCAAGUCGUUUAAAGAAAGAGCAGGCUCUGUCCAGGAUUUCUGAUGAGAGCCUGGACAAAAUUCCCGAAGAGGAGGAGGAGAGCCCCGUGUUUAAAGAGCUACCGGGAGCCAAGGGCACAGACGAGGCUGUGGUUCCGCUCACCGGCGGCAGCAGUGAACGAGGAACCCGCGAAUCCAGCGGAGAGCUCUCCAACCUGGCGAACGGAGGCACUGUCCUGCCCAACGGCAGGGUGUAUGGUCGGACCCACUCGAUGACCAACGGCUGCCUCAAGUCCCCCGUCUCCAACGGCAGCUUCAGCUUUGACGGCCACAUGCGCAGCGAUGGCCAGGUGUACCACACGGUGCACAAAGACUCAGGUCUGUAUAAAGAUCUGCUUCACAAAAUCCACUUAGGCCGCAUGGACGACAGCGACCGCUCGGGCUCCAGCGCCGGCCCGCCCGACAACAACUACCGCCUGCUGCGGCGCAACAACAGCUACACCUGCUACACGGCGGCGAUAUGCGGCAUGCCCGUCCAGCCGCUCAUACGCACAGAAUCGAGGGACGACAGCGAAAAGCUGGUGGGGGAGGGAGGCGGAGGCAGGAGCAACAGCGUGUCCUACUCCAAGAAGCGGGUGCGCUACGACAGCUACUCGUCGUACUGUAACGCCGUGGCCGAGGCUGAGAUUGAAGCGGAGGAGGGCGGGGUGGAGAUGAAGCUGGCCACGGAGCUGGAGGGGGUGGAGGAGGAAGGGGCCCCGGCUCCAGUGCCUCUUGACGACCUGGUAGAGGAGGAGCACGAGGAGAAGGACACGCCUCAGGUGUUCCUGCUUUUCCACUUCCUGCAGAUCCUCACCGCCUGCUUUGGCUCCUUCGCUCACGGAGGCAACGACGUCAGUAACGCCAUCGGGCCCUUGGUGGCUCUUUGGAUGAUUUACGACCAGGGUGGUGUGAUGCAGGACGCCGCCACUCCCAUCUGGCUGCUCUUCUACGGUGGAAUCGGCAUCUGCGCCGGCCUGUGGGUGUGGGGCCGCCGCGUCAUCCAGACCAUGGGGAAGGACCUGACUCCCAUCACGCCCUCAAGUGGAUUCACUAUUGAACUGGCUUCUGCACUCACAGUCGUGUUGGCUUCCAAUGUCGGAAUCCCUGUCAGUACCACACACUGCAAGGUGGGCUCAGUCGUGGCCGUGGGCUGGAUCCGCUCCCAGAGAGCCGUGGACUGGCGCCUCUUCAGGAACAUCUUCCUGGCGUGGUUCGUCACGGUGCCCGUGGCCGGCCUGUUCAGCGCCGCCGUCAUGGCCCUCUUCGUCUACGGCAUCCUGCCCUUCGUCUGAGGGCACGCCGCCGGGAGGAGGGAGAGCAGAGGAGGAUGGAGAGAGUCAGAGAAAGAGAGAGAGAGAGAGAGAGAGGAGGAAGCUUGGAAAUCGAAGCUCGAGUGUCGGGGUUGCAGAUAAAGGAGACGGAAGAAGAAGAAGAAGAAGAGGGGAGGGAGCUGCAGAGGUUUACACAUGGACUCGGUCGUACUGUGGAUGUGAGGAGGGUUGGUUCACAUGCUGCCUGGCUCCGUAGUCCAGAGUUGUUUUUUUUUUGUUUUUCUGUUCUGUUUUUAUUUAUUCUUUUUAUUUUUUUUAUUUUAAUUUUUUUGUUGGUGCAUAAAAAAACGGUGUAUCCAAUGAUCCAUUCAAUCUGCUGUACAUACGACAAUAAUAGAGAACUUAACAGUAAAUUUUAACAAGUAUUUUGUUCAUCUCUCUCUAAAAAAAAAAAAGAAAAAUACUGACAGCGCACGGCUAAAAGCAGUUCACUCUGCACCUAAACCCACAGAUACGCCUGCAGUCAGUCAGUACGCUUCUACCUGCCGUCCCAGGUACCACACUUGGUCAAGUGCUUAUUAAUAUUAUUAUUAUUAUUAUUAUUCCAAAAUGCCAGGAAAAAAAAAACUGUACAUAUUGUUAUACUGGACAGAGUGUCAUUUGUUGUAUUGCGGCUUGCUUUAGAGUUCAAAACAAAAGAAAAGAUGUGCGCGCGGUCAACCAACCCAUCCGUCAUCUCACUCUUAACAGCGCUGGCCAGGUACAGCUGGGGCCAAACGGAGAAAAAAAAAAAGACGCCUCAGCAGAGAGGGGUGGUGGGAAGGUCACUCUGCUUUUAUUAUUUUAUUUUUUGUUUCGUUUUUUUCCCACGUGAUACCAUAGAAACCUAAUUUACUAAAGAGCUGAUUUUUUUUUUUUUUUUUUUUUUUUUUUGUCAAGAGCUCCUAUAUGUUUUUAGAGAUGGGUCUCAUAUUUUUUAAUGAUGUAUCAUACUGUAAUUUGUACUGUAAAUAUGUGGGACGGGGGUUUGUUUUUAAUGUAGUAGCGUGUGUGGAGGCGGCAGCGCGGGGGGGGGACUCUUCUUCACUUCAUGAUGUCAUAAUUUACAGUAUGUUCUCAUCUGCGUCAACACACACACACAGUUUGAUAGGUUGAUUAGAAAAACAGUAUUUCAUCGGAACCCGUAUAUUUGACAGUAUUGACGGAAAAGUCCAUUUUUAGUCAAAGGUUUCCCACUUUUGUCCACUCUGUCUCUAGAGCAGAACCAUGCCAAAGUAAGUCGCGUCAUCGUCAUGCCAACUCAAUGCAGACGCUGACGAGGUCCUAAAGAAACGUUCACAUAUCCUCAUCUGCCUUUUUUUUUUUUUUUCUUACGCUCACCCUGUUCACUUAAUCCGAUUAUCUGAACUUCAGCCAUGUGACAAAAUCCUGAGACGUUCGUCUCGAGAUGCCUCAACAGCAACAUAAAAGACAAAAAAGCAAAAGCCUCGUCGUGUCAGGCAGUGACCAUGUGUCAUAUCUAAACACUAAGAAGUCAAAGCUCAGCCAGCUACGCACAUGUGGAACGGAAAAGAGGGGGUGGUGGUGGUGGGGGGGGGAGGGAUUGAUCCCCUGGCCGCACGUGUAGCUCCUCAAAAUAGGCUGCUGUUGUUUGAAGUGCAGAAACAUUCAGUGCUAAAGGUUAGCUAGAUAUCACAGAGGAACGAAUGGAGGCCUGGUAGAAGGGCUGGGGGGGGCGGCGGGUCGGCGGGAGGGGAGGGGAGGGUGGGGGUUGUUUAAGUGUGCUCAUGUCUCAAGAAUACCACAAGACUUUUUGUCUUAGGAUCAUUACGUCCGGAGGAGACGGCGUUUGGGAGGGUAGAACUGAUCAUCACCAGCUUUUUAACAGGGUCGUCUGACCUCUAGAAGAACGAAGUCUACAAAGUCUAAAAGCUUUUUUAUUAUUAUUAUUAUUAUUAUUAUUAUUAUUUGAACAAACUCGAUGCCAGAUGUUGCAAGUUCUCUUUCUUCUUGUGGUGUGUUUCCUAUAUUUUUUUUUGUUUUGUUUUGUUUUCUUUCUCAUGAACAAAUCUAUGCUUAAGUAGCCACUUGCCUUGUAACAUUGUGUUUUACUUUGUGCAGAUACAGUAAAAUAAUUAAGUACUGUGGUGUUUACAUCGUAACCAUAUUGUAGAGUAUCUGUUUAAAAAGAAAAAAAAACUUGUUGCCUAAUGAUGCCAAUGAAAGACAAAAUAUUAACCAUGAAUUUUUAAGUGCAAGUAUAAGAAAAAUACUAAUAACCAGAAGUGUCUAGAGAGAAAGAGAGCGAGAGCAAGUGUGUGCGCGAUGACUUGUUUUUUUGUUGUUGUUUUUUUUUUUCCUUUUUUCUGUUUGUUGCAGUAGUAGUGCUAAUCAUGAUCGCUGUCACUUUACACUGCUACUACAAUGACUUAACACUACAUGUAUGGGUGCAAUUCAGUAAUGAAGAGAAUAACUAGAGAAAAUUCAUCAAAACUAUAUAUUUUUCUACCAUAUCUGAGUUUUAACCUGGGUGAGCUUCCAGACACUUUGGAGAACACUGUGCGGCGUUGAGGGGAAGUUGUCGGGCGCUGUGUCGCCUCGGUGGCGCCACCUACCCGCCGCUUCCCUGUAAGUGCGCGCGGUGUUCUUCUAACAUGUAGAUUGACGUGUCGGGUUGCCAGUAGAUCAGAUUUUUAAAUUACCAUUUUUAUUUUUUGAAUUGUAGAUGAAAACACUUUGUAAUUUUGUUUCCCUACUGCUUUGGUCAUGAGCUGCAAGAGCAGGACAAGCAUCUCGCAGGAAGCAGGAAGACCGCUCACUCGAGGCGAAAUUUAGACGCUAGGUAUUUGUAGUUGAGAAGCUUAAAUCUUAAAACUUAAAACUGGACUGUGAGGACACUUGUUUCCUUGUUUUUUUGGCAGGUGACCACUCUUGGAGCUCAUGCACUUUUACUCUUUUCAUACGCUGGUGUGUUACACAAGAGGGGCCGCACAGAGCCGGUGUGUUCAAAUCCUCUUUGUACUUUUUGUUCCUGUUAUCAGCUGACUGGAGGAGGAAAUCUUCUGAUGCACAAGAAGUGCAGCCUUGUUUCCCCAGAUCAUUCAGACAGAAUUCAAAGCAUGCCAGUGUUUGUCCUAACCUCUAGCUAAGGAAUAAUGUAUGUAACGAUAAUAAAUGUGCCAAAAUUAGCAGCUUGUGAUGCCAGACUCAAAUCAAGGCUAAAGAAUCCACGUGGUAACUCUACAUUUAUGAAAGGAAGAUGUUAUUUCUUAACUUAAUGAAUGGAUGGUCUCUUUUUUUGCUGUAAAUCUGUCUGAUAAAUAAGCAUAUUGUUUGUAUUUUAAGGUAAAAGACUAAAAUCUGAACAUCUUGUUAUAGUAGUAGAUUAACAGCAUUUAAAAACUACAACUCCCAUGAGUCUUUGCCAUAACAGUUAAAACCUUGUGGUGUUGCGCUCAGCUGUUGAUGCCUCGAGCAGUAGUAGGAAAAACCAAGUAAUUAUGUUUCAACGUUUUAAACCGACAAAAUAAACUCGAUACUAGCCUCGGCCAAACUAGCGGAAGCUUUUUAGUAAACAGUGGAAUGUGCCGGAGUCCAAUUUCUGUCUUUGAUGGAUGAAGUGGUAGGUUUUAAAUGGACUGAGGUCAGCCAGCACACUUGACUUGACGCUCCCUGCUCUGCCCGGCCCUCUCUUGUAACUCACACUGUCAUUUUCUUUUUGUUUUGUUUUUCCAUGCAUUCUCAGUCCUGAUAGGCCGAAAGGGAUGCACUGCUCAAGACAGGGAAGGAAACUGAAAAAAAACGCCCUCUGGUGGCAGCGUUGAGAAAAUUGCUCAAACUUUUUAAAUUUAAAACGAGAAGCGGCACGGAAUUUGGAGCCCUCCAAAAAUUAAAUAAACGCACAAAAUGCGGUUUGAUGUUAAAACACCCUGAAGGAAAACAAUUCUACAGCUCAGUUUUCCUUGAUGUGUUUUUUAGUUCAUGUUUUGGCCUCAGAACAUUUGCGAAAAAAUAAACAUUCGCUUAAAUAUUAAUGCGGCCACUAGAGGGCGUAGUCUGCCACUUUCCCUCCCCGUAGAGAGGGACAGCAUCUUAGACCAGACUGAUCAGUAUAAAUCCAUACAUGGUGUAAUUGCCAUUGAGGGAGUUGCCGUGCUUCUACUGCAUUAUAGCUGUUCAAUAACCUGUUGGUAGAGGAAAAACAAAACAGAAUGUGCCAUUUCUCUCUCCCUGAAUGUGCAAUACGAGCCGUCUCUUGUAAAGGUGCCACUACAUUGCUGUCACCCGUGUGGUCAUGUAGCUCCACCUGCCCUGGUGCAAUAGCUCCCCAACCCCCUACCCCCCCUCCCUUCACAGAGGAGGCGGAGGGGGCAUCAGUUCAGACCUUCAUCUUGGAUGUUGCGUGCUGUCUCUAGUUUUCCGGUCUGUUUUGUAUUAGAAUGUGCUCCUUGGCUGGCCUGCAGGCUUAACUGCUCCGUGUUGUCUUUUUACCGUUUACUGCUACUUAACUGUCCGGUCCUUCAAAAGUUUAAAAAAAUAAAUAAAUAAAAAUACAAUAAAAAAUAAAUAAAUAAAUAAAUGCAUAAAAAUUCAAAAUAAACUGUAGCCUGCUCCUUAAAAAAAUAAAUAAAUAAAUAAAUCUUAAGGCUCUUCUGAUUUGCAUAUAUCGUACUGUAAUGUUUUAUUUAAGAUUUUAGUGAGAGAAAAAAAAUGUCUGCAUUUAAAACUAAAUUAUGGGAAUUAAAAUUACAAAGAAUACCUAAAAA